GAGGAGAACUUGCAAACACUCGCAAGCUGGAAAACUCUUUCAUACAGUAGGAUGGCUCACAUGAAGAGGUUCGCCGCAAUUCCUAUGUCCAAGUCUAUGAGAGACAUGUGCAAAGAAGAGGACUAUGCUUUCCUAAACAGCCAGAAAAGUGAGGAAGUAGACAAGACACCAAAGGAGAGCACAUGUCAUGUAAGCGAGUGGCAGCAGAAACAAGAAGAAAGGCACCGCCGGAGGUUAGACCGAGAGCAGCAGGAGAAGGAGAGGCAGUGCGAGCUGGAGAAGCAGAGGAGGGAGAAGGAGGAGCAAUGGAAAAGCCAUGUGGCAGCCCUAGCAUCUGAGCGUGAGUCUGUCCGAGGCAGAUUACACAGGCUACGUGAAUUCAGGGACUUCCAGAAGAGAGUGCUGAUGCAGGAUCUGGACCUUGAGCCUGAUGAGAAACUCACCCAUCUGCUCAUGAGACUGUAACAAAAGUUAUUACUGUAUAGUGAAGGAACAGAUAACUCAUACAAGUCUGUGACUGUAAAAAUAGUCAAAGAACUACUAUCAGUAUAGUAUCAGUAUAACAUUAAGUACUGAAGUUGUAUAUUGCGCUACACUAAUGUUCAAGGCAAGAUAUUUUGGCUAUAUUGUAGCUGAAAAGCAAUUUGUAAAUGUGUAAGCUUUUUGGUCUAACUAACAAUAGAAUAGAUCGUGACUAUGUGGAUUAUGAGGAUGGUAAAGUGACAAAGUGAUGAAUUGCUAAGGCAAGAACUGAAUUCUCAUUUGACAUCUUGAAGAGUUUCAGCUGAUCAUGUUUCCCAUGAUGCCGUGGGCUAAAUGUGGUCAUGUUGAUCUUAUACACACAUGUUUAUUUAGAUUUGUGUCUUCUUUAGGAAGUUUAGACUGAUGCAUGACUAGUGUGAGAAAAAGAAUGAAAGAAAGAAAGACAGAAAGAGGGCCCCAACCAUACAGGUCUAGCAUUAAAUAAAGGAGAUUCUCGGGAGUCAUGUUGCAGCAUGUCUGGCCCCUGAGGGCAGGAAAAUGCCAGACUCAAGUGUCUCUCUCUCUCUCUCAUUUUUUCUUUUUCUGUGAUACAUACAAGCAAGCACAUAAAUUCACAUCAAAUGAU